AUUGAAGACUCGAGAGUGGUGGGUGCGAUCAUCGUGAUAGAGAGAACUAUGUCUCGCUUGAUAUUAAUUUAUUUCUUAUAUUUAUUAUUGUGCAAUUUCGUUCAAGGAACUGACAAUCCUACUAAAAAUAUAACUGAAGUGGAAAAAAAAUUGGAGAUACGAUCGAAUUUAGAUGGUCGAAUAGUAAAUGGGACGGAAGCAUUUCUGGGUCAGUUUCCUCAACAGGUUUCCUUGAGAAGAAGUUGGAGCGGAACACAUUUUUGUGGAGGAAACAUCAUCCAUCCAAAAUGGAUUCUGACUGCAGCUCAUUGCAUGUACCUAGAUUAUGUAGAAAUAAAACCAUGGACCAUAAAAGUAGUAGCUGGUAAUGUACUUUUACAAGGUUCAUCCAGAACAAAUGAAGAAAGGAAUGUACAAAAAAUUAUUAUUCAUGAAGAUUUUAAAUAUGACACUUUGGAGAACGACAUCGCACUUUUGGAACUCAAAUUUCCGUUUUUUCCAAAUAAAGCUGUCCAGAUUGCCAAAAUUCCAACAAAAAGAACGAAGGCACAAACUUUGUGUCAAGUAUCAGGCUGGGGGUAUCUAAAUGAGAAUCGACGUAUCGUUAGCAACGAAUUAAUGUUUAUAGACCUUCCUAUCCUCUCUACAAAAAAGUGCAGAGAACUUCUUCAUGAAGUUUCUCUCGUUCCUGAUGGAAUGUUCUGUGCAGGUUAUGAAGAAGGAUUAAAAGAUUCUUGUCAGGGUGACUCUGGUGGUGGAUUGGUCUGCAAUGGUAUAUUAACUGGAGUUGUUUCUGGAGGGCAAGGAUGUGCGAGGCCGGGAUUACCUGGAUUGUACACAGACGUAUAUUUUUACAGAAAGUGGAUAAAAUCCGCUAUUUCAAAUAUGGACGUGAGCAAUUAUCUCUACAGAAAUAGUGGAUCUUCCCAUUUUUUGAACAUCUUCUGGCUUGUCUCUUUAUCACUGUCUGCGUUUUUACUUACAAUGUAUUGCUGACUCUCGUGUGUCUGUGCUAGAGGAAGUUGUAAACCAAAUGAGUACGCGAUAAUUUGGUAAAAAUUUGUCCCAUUGGACUAAAAAUAGAAUAAGUGAUAAGAAAGGAUAAAAGGGGAAGUAGGUGGAGUGAGGGAAAAUUAUGGGAAGAAAUGUAGGGAACGUACGAAAGUGCGUGAGGAUGAAAUGAGGGGAAAUAAGGUGAAUGAAGACGUACCGGAUUUAAAAGUAAAUGAGGACUGUUGUAUUGAACCAAAAAAGAUGAAAUUUUAAGCAGAAGAGAUCAAUUCUUAAAUAAAACUCAUGAAUUUUUAA